GAGCAAGCAAUUGCUCGCAAAAAAACAUGCGAAGAACAUCUUUCGCAAAGGCGUGGGGAUCCCCUGCGCUUUCUGCUGCCCUGUUCGGCUGUUCCAGCAUCAUCUGCUGCCCUCCCUACACGCGCGCAUCCCUGCUGCGCACAUACAGCAGCAUCCCUCUCUCUCUCUCUCUCUCUCUCUCUCUCUCUCUCUCUUUCUGAGGUGUGUGUGUGUCGCAGUGAGUAAUAAAUGGCAGUGGGCAGCGUGGCUGAGGCUGCUGACCUCUAGUGCUGCGCUGUGCAGCCGUUGCUGCUCCUAUUGAUCUUCGUCUUGCUCGGUUUUCACACUGGGUGGAUUUCUUUGUCUAGAGGAGGAGGGGGAAAAGGCCGUUGCUGCUCCUAUCGAUCUUCGUCUUGCUCGGUUUUCACACUGGGUGGAUUUCUUUGUGAUAGAGGAGGAGGGGGAAAAGGUGCUCCUUUUCUUGCUCGAGUCCGUUGGAGAGAUCCAAUCAAGUUCAAGAACCAACCUUUUGUGCUUCCGUUAUGAUACUCACCGAGAGAUUUCCCCCAAAGUUUGAUCCUUAAAGUCGAUUUGAGCCAAGAAAAAGGACAAAAUGCGCCGCCCUUCUUGCGCAAAUCCCUUGUGAUCCCAGAAAAUCCCAAAACAUCUCGAUCCAUUUGAUCGUUGGCGACCUAGUUUCAUCGAUUCCAGCCAAGAAAGAGGCAGUCGCAGGGAGUAGGUGUGGGAAGAGGAGAGGAGAGGAGAGGGCUUCCUCUUCCGAGCAGCCGCGUUGCCGCCUGUCGAUGAGUGAGCGCUGCCUCCGAUGCUCUCGUGGUGCUCGGUGUCCAGUCUCGCGGCGAGGUUCGCAUUCUUCCCGCCAGAGCCGGCGACGUACGCCGUCCGGAAGGACGAGGCCACCGGCCGCCUCGUUGCCUCCGGCGUGCCAAGGGACAACGCCAUGGACGUGCUGCUCGUCAACACCAGGAGGGGGAGCAAGGUGGUGGCCUUCUACUUCAGGAACCCCUGCGCGCGCCUCACUCUGCUUUACUCGCACGGCAAUGCCGCCGACCUCGGCCAGCUCUAUGAUCUCUUUGUGCAGCUCAAGGUCAAUCUCAAGGUCAAUCUGAUGGGAUACGACUACUCCGGCUAUGGAGCAUCUACUGGCAAGCCGGGUGAAGAGAAUACAUAUGCAGACAUUGAAGCAGUUUACCAGUGCUUAGAAACUGAGUAUGGGAUCAGCCAGGAAGACAUUAUCUUGUAUGGACAAUCUGUGGGCAGUGGGCCAACGCUGCAUUUAGCCUCCCGUUUGCCAAGAUUGCGUGGGGUGGUUCUCCACAGUGCUAUACUGUCAGGCCUCCGUGUUGUUUGCCAUGUGAACUUUACUGUCUGUUUUGACAUUUACAAAAAUGUCAAAAAAAUAAAAAAGGUCAAAUGCCCGGUGCUCGUUAUUCAUGGAACGGAUGAUGAUGUUGUGAACUGGUCACAUGGUAAGGAGCUAUGGAAACUGGCACGGGAGCCAUAUGAUCCACUCUGGAUCAAAGGGGGUGGUCACUGCAACCUGGAGCUGUACCCUGACUUCAUCCGCCACCUCUCCAGGUUCAUCCGUGAAGUGGAGACUGCCACAACGAAAAUGAGGCUGAAGAAGAUUAAACAGUCCAUCCAGCCCAAAAAGGAGGUCUACCGAGUGAAUACCGCGACAACUACAACCUUCACCGUUAACUGUUGCUGCCGUAUUCGAGCCCGUAAACAGACUUGCCCCAGGUGCAAUUUCAGCUGCGUCUGCUGUGGGCUGGGGAACUGCUUCACAUUCCGUUUAUUCAGGUGCUGUUCUUGCAGUUGUUGCCAGAGUUGCUUCAAGUGCUGCUGUGGUGGAGACGCAUGCUAAUGCUGAUCAUUAUGCACGUGUGUAUAGUAAAGAGGAACGGCCCUGAGAUAUCUAACCCUUUAAAUGCUGUAGGACAUCUAAGUUAGCUGAACAUUGUAUGACAGAUAGAGACAUUGUAUCCGGUUCCUCCGUUGUAGUUGCUUGUCAGAUUCGUCUAUUUAUUGAAAU